AUGGCUCGAACUAAGCAGACUGCUCGUAAAAGCAUAGGGGCCAAGGCACCUCGAAAGCUGCUGGCUAUGAAGGCCGCUCUCAUGAGCGCCCCAUCAACAGGUGGUGUGGAAAAGCCAUAUCGCUUCAGGCCUGGAACUGUCGCUCUUCGGGAAAUUUGGCGUUAUCAGAAGAGUACUGAGCUUCUUAUCCGAAAGAUUGCUCAAGAGUAUCAGAAUGACUUGCGUUUCCAGACCACUCCAGUAGCCGCUAUACAAGAGGCAGCUGGAGCCUAUAUGAUUGGUCUAUUCGAAGACACCAACCUAUGGGCCAUUCACGCAAAGCGAGUCACUAUCAUGCCCAAGGAUAUGCAGCUUGCUCGCCGCAUUCGUGGUGCGAAGGCUUAA